CGUGCGGAGGAGGAGUUGGCGCGUCUGCUGUUGGAGAUGGUGUUGUGUGUCAUGUGGAGAGGGGUGGAGGGGUCAGAUGACACCGCCUGGCUGGAGAGGGGUCAGGUGUUCUCCGCUCUCACCAAACUGGGCACUGCCAAUGAGCUGCUGCUGCCCGUCGACCACAUCAAACUCAGCCUGAUGGAGAGGAUGUUGGAAUUGGCCGUAACGGGAAACCGAGAGGCGACGACGGCCACGCUGCCGCAGCACACGGAGAACGCGGUGCGUCUUCUGCACGUGGUGCAGGACUUCCUGCAGGCUGAGGGGCUGGUGAAUCCCGCUCUGUGGACUGAGAAGGUUCUGGAGGAGACGGUGACUCUGAUGGACGGGCUGAUGGUGUGGUACGCCUCUGGCACGCAGUGGCUUCAGCUGUCUCAGGUGGGGCUACGGCUGCUGCUUGGGUUCAUGGCACAGGAAGACCCACAGGUGUGUGCCAUGGCUACAGCCAAACUGAAUGGCAUCUUGCAGACGAAGACGGUGGACUCUCAGGACGAGGCCUGUUAUCUUCUGGGCCGUGUGGAGGGAAUCCUCAGGCGCUCUGUGAGCGAGGAGCGGACAGAGGAGACCUACUCGUUUUUAGUGCCUCUCCUCCGUACCCUCCUGUCUAAAGUCCACAAACUCCUGUACAUGGAGCUGCACCUCCCUUCCCUCCCCGACACCAACGGAAGCCCGUCUUUUUUUGAGGACUUCCAGAUGUACUGCAGCUCUCCGGAGUGGAGGGUCUAUUUGGAUAAAUAUAUUAUUCCCUACAUGAAGCAAUAUGAGAUCGAGACGUUCAGUCAGGGUCAUGAGAACAUGGCUCUUUACUGGAAGGACUGUUAUGAGGCAUUCAUGCUCAAUCUGCACCGCAGGGACCGAGAGAGAGGAGAGAGCAAGAUACGCUUUCAGGAGCAGUUUGUGGAACCGUUCAGCCGCCGAGGGCGUCAGGAGAACCUGAGGUACAACAGCAUGCUGAAACAAAUCCACACGCAGAACAGCGCCAUCCUCAGGCAGUGGAGGGCGGCGCGCAGAGGACUCUUCUGUGAGAGAGGACCCUGGGUGGACAAGCAGCAGAAGGACAUGCACUGGAAGCUCUCUAGCGCUGAGAACUACUCCCGUAUGCGACUCAAACUGGUGCGGAAUUACAACUUUGAUCCCCAUAGAGAAGCCAGUGCCUUGAGAGACAACCUAGGUGUGCAGCACCAGCAGGUAAACGCCGAGUCGCUGUUGUUAGAGGCGGUGAAACAGGUGAAGGUCAGUGAUCUGGAGGAUGACAUACUGGAGCUCCUGGAGGAGGAUCCUGCAUCAGCCAAUCAGGCUGAUUGUGAAGAGGCAGGUCAGAAGGAGAAGCUGGUGAUCUCAGAGGACUGUGAGCUGGUCACGGUGGUUGACGUCUAUCCGGGUCGUCUGGAGCUCACCACACAGCACAUCUACUUCUACGACAGCAGCACAGAGAAAGAGGAAGGUGUAGGUCAGGACUUUAAAUGGCCUCUGUCUCAGAUCAGAGAGAUUCACCUGCGCAGGUACAACCUCCGGCGCUCGGCUCUGGAGAUCUUUCUCAUCGACCAGACCAACUACUUCCUGAACUUCAAGAAGGAGGUGCGUAAUAAAGUGUUCAGCCGGAUGCUGCUGCUGCGCUCUCUCUCUCUUCAUGCCACUCACUCACCGCAGGAGCUGCUCAAAGCCUCUGGACUCACACAGAAAUGGGUGAACAGGGAGAUCUCAAACUUUGACUACCUGAUGCAGUUGAACACCAUAGCAGGACGGACGUAUAACGAUCUGGCUCAGUAUCCUGUGUUCCCCUGGAUCCUGUCGGAUUAUACGUCCGAGGAGCUGGAUCUGUCCGAUCCGCGGGUGUUCAGAGAUCUCUCUAAACCUGUGGCCGUGCUGAACGAGAGGAACGCCAAAGCCGUCAGAGAGAAAUAUGAGAGUUUUGAAGACCCCACAGGCACCAUAGACCGUUUCCACUACGGCACGCACUACUCGAACGCCGCUGGAGUCAUGCAUUACCUCAUUCGAGUCGAACCCUUCACAUCCCUGCACAUCCAGCUGCAGAGCGGCAGGUUUGACUGUGCCGACCGUCAGUUUCACUCUAUUCCUGCUACCUGGCAAACCCUCAUGGACAAUCCCAACGAUGUCAAAGAGCUCAUCCCAGAAUUCUUUUACUUCCCAGAGUUCUUGGAGAACCAGAACGGAUUUGACCUGGGCCGCUUACAGAUCUCUAAAGAGAGGGUAAAUGAUGUCAUCCUGCCUAAAUGGGCCAAAUCCCCCGAGGAUUUCAUCUACAAGCACCGCAAAGCCCUGGAAUCCGAGUAUGUGUCGGCCCACCUGCAUGAAUGGAUCGAUCUGAUCUUCGGCUAUAAACAAAGGGGCCCGGCUGCAGUGGAGGCCCUUAAUGUCUUCUACUACUGCACAUAUGAAGGGGCUGUUGAUCUGGAUGCCAUCACAGAUGAGAAAGAGAGGAAGGCUCUAGAAGGCAUGAUCAGUAAUUUUGGACAGACACCGUGCCAGUUACUGAAGGAGCCCCAUCCCAUGCGUCUCUCCCUGGAGGAGCUGGAGAAGAGGAGAACCCGUCUGGACUCCUGUCCUCUCAACAUAUUCGAGCACCUCACUGAGCUCAAAUCCUUCUUCAUUGAGGGCAUCAGUGAUAAUGUGCCACUGGUUAAAGCCGUUGUCCCUAAGAACCAAUCACAUUCAUUUAUCUCACAGGGGAGUCCAGAUACUCUGGUAACGCUGAGCCAGAACUGCUUGAUGGGAACUCAUGGCUGGCUGCCCUACAACAAGAACAUAUCCAACUAUUUCACCUUCAUCAAAGACCCCACCGUAGCCGGUGUAAAGACUCAGAGGUGUCUAGCAGGGCCGUUCUCUCCAGGGGUUGAAGUCACAGCUCGCCUGUUUGUUGUGUCUCAUGACGGGAAGUUGCUCUUCAGUGGAGGCCACUGGGACAACAGCCUGAGAGUGACGUCUCUCGUAAAGGGCAAAACAGUGGGGCAGCACAUCCACCACAUGGACAUCGUAACGUGCCUGGCCACAGAUCACUUUGGGAUUCACCUGAUCUCUGGCUCUAGAGACACCACCUGUAUGGUGUGGCAGGUGCUACAGCAGGGAGGUGCUCCAGUCGGUCUGUCCCAUAAGCCAGUGCAGGUAUUGUACGGACACACAGAUGAAGUUGUGAGUGUGUCUAUCAGUACAGAGCUGGACAUGGCGGUUUCUGGAUCACGGGAUGGGACGGUGAUCAUUCACACUGUUCGGAGGGGUCAGUACAUGCGCUCUCUGCGGCCGCCGUGUGAUAGCUCUCUGCCCGUGUCCAUCAUGCGCCUGGCUGUGUCCUGGGAGAGACAUCUAGUGGUGCACACCUGUAUAGAGGGCAAAGCCACACUGAAGGAUAAGAAUGCCCUGCACCUGUACUCUGUGAAUGGGAAGCACCUGUGCAGCGCACCUCUGAAGGAGCAGGUGACAGACAUGUGUGUUUCAGGAGAACAUGUGGUCAUUGGCAGCGAGCAGGGGUUCCUGUCUGUCAGAGAUCUGUACAGCCUGGCUCUGUGUGUGUCGCCGAUGGCGAUGCGGGUGUCCAUCCGGUGCGUGUCAGUGACCAAGGAGCAGUCUCACGUUCUGGUGGGCCUCGAUGACGGCAAGCUGAUCGUGGUGGGCGUUGGGAAACCCGCCGAGAUGCGUUCUGGCCAGAUUACAAGGAAACUCUGGGGCUCCAGUAAGCGUCUCACUCAGAUCUCGUCUGGGGAAACCGAGUAUCACACCCAAGAGCAACCCUGACCCCGCCCCUAAAUCACAGCCCUCCUGCCUGAUUGGCCACCUGCCCUGUCAAUCACCCAAAUCCAUCGUUUCAGAUGGGAGGAUGGCUCUCUCCUCUUGCUGAAACAAUAUGAAGGACUUUUUAGCACCUGUAUGCAAAUCUGUGUGUGUGUUGAGCCAAACGGAUGCGUGUUCCCUCGUGUAGUUGGACUGGUGCAGGCACCAUCUAACUACAUGUGUCUGAAUUCUGUGAAAACCCUAAUGUUGACCCUCCUGACUCCGCCCUCUCUGUCGUUUUCCACCACAUGUGCCACGCCCAUUUAGUUAAUCAUCAUUAACACACUGUUAUCAACAUCAUCAUCAGCAUCAUUACAACAUGUUUUUGUCAUGUCUACCUUCACAUGUGUGUUGAGUAUGUGUCCAGUUAUUUGUUUCUUUAGUGGCCUUGUCAUAUUUCAUAGGUUGUUUUAUUAGUGGACACAGGCAUUAUUUAUUUGCACAGUCUUGCUCUUGCACAGACCUCGAAAAGUGGAUGAUAUUGUACACCAGUAUAAUACGCAUGACGUAUUCUGUUCCAACAGACCAACACAUUUUAUAGCAAAACUGACAUCUGUAGGGUGCGAACGCUGAUUUUUAUUGUGCGUAACUGUUGAAUGUUGUCAUUCAUUACUUGAAUUGUGAUGCAGUUAUUUCAAUGAAGAAUGCAAGAUUUCAUUUUGUCGUGGAUGUACAUGCAAAUAGUUUUAUAACCAUUCUACCAUUCUAGUUUGGUUUAUAGAUUUGUUACAUCUGAAACACUACAAAUACAAAGGGGGAGAAGUUUCGAAGGGCUUUGUGAGACACGACAGUAUGCAAUACAGUUCGUCCCUCUGAAGCAUUCCACUGGCUAAUCGCUGCUCCGCAGUCUUCCUAGUAUCCAAACCGAGCACUACAUAGAGAGGAGGUACUUGUGUACCGCGGGACAGCUAGAACCAAUGCAGCAUAAGUCAGGUGAGACGCUGUUUCCCCUCCUCUUUUAUAUUUCUAAGCCAUGCAGUCUUCGUUUACUAUGCAGGUAAGCAUCCAGGCCUUCUAGAGAAUUCAGUUACUGAUUGAAAUCUGAAUUCUGCUUAUGCAGUUUUUAUUUCUUGACCGUAGGCUGGAGAUGUAUGCGUUUCCUUUACAAGAAUGUACCAUAGUGAUCAUAGUUUCCAGCAAAAUACCUUUAUUAUAGUCACAAGUGUGAGAAAAAAGCUUUUUGCAUUUGUUAGUACUAAAUUACUAGACGUAGUAUAGUGAUAAUAACUGGUAUUGUGGUGGAAACUAUAAUUACCAUUGUAUUUUUGUAAGGGUUUAGUUUGUGUCUCAUUUUCUUACACUAAUGUCUUAGAGUGACAACAUUCAUUCCUUUACUAAAGGAUGGUUGUUUGGAAACUUAUAAGCGAUAUGAAGACGUUAAUGAAGAUACUAAUACCAAAAUGCAGAUGUCUUUAUCAGGAUGUUCAUAUAGUUUUGUGUGUUGUAUGUUCUUCCAUAUAUGUGCUUUAGUUUGCUAUGGUGCGGAAGUUUAGAUUUGAAGUCUGAAUCGGGAUGAGUUAUGUUCAUUUAUGUUCAUGCAUCUGCUGGUUGCUUUGGAAAUAAGUUAUACCAAGAGAUCUAAAUUAAUGCUUUGAUUUCUUUGCAUUUAUUCUAUUUUUUUAGACUGUUAAUGUAAUGUAAAUCCCAGAGGUGGCUGAUUUUAUUCACAUGUCUGUUUGUAUGUAUAUGUGUUUCUCUUCCUUUAAUUAAAUGAAUGGAGUGCCUUUUUUAUUCCGUCGUCAUGCAAAUUAGUCUCCAUGAUCUGAACUCUACAGCAUGACCUUUCGUGACCCCUGUGGACAGCCACGAUUUCUGCGGGAACCAGACAAACUUCAGCAGUCCUGUGAUUUACUGAGCUGCUUUUGAUUUAGUCGUCACUAAUGGAUGUGUGUGUAUAUCUGUGCUUAUUUAUGAAUCCAGUAUGAAAUGUACAGCAUGAAUUUGAUUUCUGUUUAUGAAUUGUAUUUUUUUGCACUUUCCAGGUACGACAAAUUGUAAGAGAUUGUUUUAAAUGUCUCCUUGAUCUGUACAGAGAAACUGCUUUGUUAUAUGUGAAAAUUUAUCAUUAAAGCCCUGUCGAAAAGUCA